AUGAGCUGGGGGGCGCCCGAAUACCUGUACCUGGUGCUGGUGCUCAACCAGGUGGCGCUGCCAGAGGAGGCGCUCUUCAUACUCAGGUACCAGAAGUUUUACAGCCUCACGCGCCCCGGCGGCGCGUACAAGCAGCUGCUGUCCCCCGAGGACUCCUCCAUGAUCCCGCUGCUCUCCGCGUUCCAGCGGCUGGCGGUGUACCGCCGCGUGAAGCUGCCGCCCCAGGCGCUGCGCGGGCAGGCGCUGUACGAUUACUACGACGCGCUCGUUGCCAAGUACAUCGGGCGGGAGCGGCUGUACUGGUGA